AUGAUUCAAUAUAAUACAAUCCUCAAGCUUAUAGCUGAUAUUGACAAAACUCAAAAGUCAAUUUUGAAUAUGGAAAAGCCUGACUUUUCACAUUACGAAGUCCAAAUCUCUCAAAUUUCUGAAGAAAUCCAAGCAUUAAAUAACACAGACAGCUUAAGACGUUUGGAAAGCGAAAUUAAAACUUUAGAAGGCCAAAUUGAGCAUGAAGAUAUAUCUUUAGAACUUCUAAAAGAAAGCAACCUUGAAACUCAAGAGAAAAUAAAAAAUAUUGGAAAAGAUAUAGCUGACUAUGAAUACCGCCUUCGAGAAUGUAAAAAAAAUUACGAAAAUGAAUCCAAAAAAAUAGACACGCUUCUUCAUGAACAAUUGCUACAGAAUAUCGAAAGAAGAAAUAAUCUUCAAAGAUUGCAGCUUCAGUGCAUUGAUAAUAAAAGAAAUAGCAGAUCUUCUGUAAUUCCUCCAAGUCUCAUUAAAUAG